GCAGCCAUAGUGCUGUGCCUGGAUGUAGGCUUGACAAUGAGCAAUUCUGCCUCCAGUGAGGAGUCUUCACUUGAACAAGCCAAGAAGGUUAUGACAAAGUUUGUGCAGCGACAGGUUUUUGCUGAGAGUAAAGAUGAAGUUGCUGUAGUUUUGUUUGGCACAGAUGGUACUCGGAAUGGCCUCGCCAGUGGGGAUCAAUACCAAAACAUUACUGUACAUAGGUCGCUAAUGCUACCGGAUUUUGAUCUGCUGGAAGACAUUCAAGAUGUGAUUAAAGCAGGCUCUGAACAAGCAGACUGUAUCCUUUCACAGUAG